CCCCCUAUAAGCUUCAUAUAUACAUUAACUGAUCAGCAUCCUCAAAUAACUCUUUAUAUACGUGCUUACCAAAUAAACCAGCACUUGAAGACCAAUUUCUCAAACUUGUAAUCCAAAGACUUGGUGUCAUUCAUCAUGUCGGACCCGUCUCAGUCUGAGCAUGAAGCUUCUGAUGUAGAGAUACAGAACCAUGAUUCACAGCUAUGUGGAAAUCUUAAGGGCAUUUUCGCUAAGCUCCUAUCUUUUUUUGAUAUAGAAACCACUUGGGGAUGCAGGCUGUAUAUUGCAGCUUAUCUGAUUGUUGUCCUUAUGCAUCCGCUGCAUUACUACGCUUAUGUGAUCAAGCCUGAACAAAAUUGUCUUGAAAUCGGCAUUGGAUUAUACGCCGCACUCGAAGUUGCCCUCGGCCUCAAUCUUUAUUUGACGCUUUAUAGUUUAAAUUUUAUCGGAAAAAGAUUUGAAAAAGGCCGUAGUUAUAUAUGGAGGAAAUAUCAUUUCUUCUUGCCUCAAAUACCAGUAUUGUUUAUGACAUCAAUGGUGAUUAUUGACGUCACAGGCAGAAAUCAAGAGAGGAUCUUUUCGAUAACAGUUAACUUGAUUCUUUUCUUAUAUAUUGUACUGCUUAUUGGACUCUCAUCAAGUUUUAAAAAAGCUAUAGAGAACAACAGUGACUGCUAUCUUGCUAAAGCAAAGUGGGGCAAAGCUGCAAUCAAUUUAUUUCUUUACUUUCUUGGGGGUCAUGUAAGUUAA